AUGCAACUCANGACUCGAGAAACCACUACAAAUGCCUCUCCAAUGAGGAGAAUCUUUCGAGUGGAAUCUAGCAAUGAGGUGGUACAGCCAUCAGUGGGCAGCAGCGAAAGUGCGUAUGAUAACGAUAGUGAUAACCAGAUCACGGAGCCUUCUGAUAGUCCAGAAUUGAUUGAUACGAUAACAGAUGAACAACUCGAAUCGCUACCAUUCAACGCUGACUCAACAUUUUACGAACAGCAAUCAUCAACUUCAUCAGUUUCAAGUGACCAACAAACGAUGACCCAACCACAGUUAAUCAACACCAUAUCAGUAACAGUAACAUCACCGACAACAAGAACAAGUCAAAAAACAUCAUUUAUGACAACUUCUUACAGCACUCUCAUGAAUAAUCAUGUCAAGCUGUUUACUGACCGUACUACCGAUAAAACCAAAGUCGCUGAAAAGACAGAAGAAAUCGAUUUGGUAACAACAGCAAAAAUACAGCAGGAGCGGUCAAAUAAAGAUGUGAAUGAUCAUAAUUCAGAGGAAAGUUCUGAUGAAAAUUUAAGUUACGAAAAAACGACAACACCAUCGAACCGAUUCACGGUACGAAUCAAAGCGAAUGACGGUUUCACCACUGAGAUAUUUAGGAACGAGCAGCGUAAAAGACCAUUGGAAUACGACGAUGAUGAUGAUGAUGAAAGCGAUUCUUCAGAGAAUCCUUUCAACGCAACAAUCAGUGAACAUGAGGAUUACAUGUUGGAUGAGACUCCUAUUUUCGAUGAAUCCUCAUUAACAGUUUUCUCAGCGGAAAACACAUUGGUUGGCAUCAACGAGUCAUCAAGCUAUGCAUCUGUAAGAUUGCCCUUGAUGAAUAUCUCAGCUUCCAGUACUUCAAAGAAACCGAACUUAGACACCGUAAAUAGACCGCAAUUCGAUGCAACGAAAGAACAACUGUUAACUAUCGACAGCGCGAACAUGCCAGCUGAACAUUCGAUGAAUAACACAUCGAAUUUCAUCUCGGAAAUGGUACCAGGAAUUAGAACUUCAGUGUCAACGAUGUACAGCGAUUUUGUGGAGGAUUACCUGUUUAUUAAUGAUACAAGAAGAAAACAAAACUAUGCCAUCAUUCCAAGUUCGAUUGUGAUUCCAGAAAUGCAUUCAGAAAUUACUGAACAACCGAUCACAGACACUUCGAUUGGUGAAUCAGAGGAAUUUUUCGAUGCUGAAGAAGGUAUCGGUUUUCUUUACUGGUACUAG